AUGCUCAAGUUGUCUCUCAAAAGAUUUGCCUCAGUUCUAUUCUUUCAAAUGUUGUUUCUAAUGGUGGAUUUGGGAAUAAACAGCUUUUCUUAUCUUGCCCGCGGUCAUCAUUCGGCAGUAAUUUUCCUGUUUAUUGCCCAGGAUGUUUGCUUGAUGCUUUCGUUCACGGCAUUCGUGUUCAGCCUGUAUUCGACCUAUGUCUAUCAGGCGGGCAUGGCCAAUCUGUUGUACGAAAAGUUUCGCACACCACUGCUGAUAAGCAUGGUCUACUUCUUCCUCAGCAUCGCUCUCCACCUGUGGCAGGUAGUCGGGCACUCCAGCGAACCGUAUCAAUUUCAGUGGCCCAAAGCACUGACGGCCCUGUUCAUCAUACACCGACUGUUUUCGCCCAUCUAUUAUUACCUCUACAAGAAAUCCGCAUUGAAGAUGAGUGAUCCGCGAUUCUACGAAAAUUUGGAUUGGAUUGCUUCGCAACUAUCGAUUAAAUAA